GGAGGGUAAAUCUGGGUACCACUGGCUCUGCAGGCUGCUUUCCUUCCUGCCCAGCACGUCAAGGAGACAAGGGAUUGUUAAUGUGUGAAAAAACUGACCAAUAAAGGCACCUGGAUAUUUCCAACAUAAAUAGUGUGUACCAAAAUAGCUACAGAGCAGAUGGCCUGGCUCCAUACACACCUUGCUGACCAGAAUACUCGAGCAACACACACAGCCAAAAUCUCACUGUCUUCAGAGCUGAGCAUCUGCAAAGUUGCUUGGAGAUCACAAACAGCCGGGCCUCGAGAUGUGUGGCUGCAGAACAAGUGUUCCCAGCACCAAGCAGUACUCGGUCAGUCAGCCAGCUCCUGCUUCCACCAAGCAAGGCUCUCCAGCUGCUGCAGGCAUGCCCAAGGGCACCAGCGUACCCAUAGCCAAGCAGCUGGCAUCAAUAAAAGCUCUAAGAAAAGGCUCAGACCUUGAAAAGGCUUUUGCUACAGCAGCUUUGGUAUAUAACAACUAUGCUGAUCCCGAGAGCAAGCUCAGCAAAGCUGAAACCAAGAGCUUACUGCAAUCCCACUUUUGGCAUUUCAUACAGGGCCAAGAAAACAAACCAAAAUACCAGGAAAUAAUUUCUUCCUUGGAUGAGGACUCAGAGAACAAAAUUAAUUUUGAAGAUUUCAUGAUCUUGUUAGUCAGUCUCACUCUAAUGUCUGACCUGCUGCAGGAGAUCAAAAAUGUGAAAACCACAAAGUGAUCUGUGAUUUUAAAGAAGAAAUGGCUUGGCACCAUAUGAGGAAAGUGUGAGUGAGAUACCACUGUGUGCCUGGAUACCCCGUG